GACAUCUACUGACAAGGCCUAACUCACGCUCUUUGUAACUUCACUCACCAUGCCCGAGCCCUACGGCUCGUUCGCGUGGAUCUGCGCACACGCGCCGUUGCCGGCGUGCAACAUCCUCUUCCGGGCGGCCUGGGACGCAGGCGCCCUCACCACACUCUUUCCUUCGACCUCCGACUUCUUCUCCCCCUACAACAUCACGAGCGCGACUCCCGCAAGCCACCCGUACGCGCGCGCCGCCCGCAGAGACGCUGGCACGGGGCUCGGCGCCGGCUGCGUCGUUCCGCGGGUCGGGCAGCGCGGCAGCGUCGGCGACAUAGUCCUCGUCGUCAUGUCCCUCUUCUCCAUGGUCGUGCCCGCCGCCCUGAUCUGGCGCUCGUUCCAGAACAAGCUCGGCGUCGGCGCCCUCGAGCUCAGCCUCGUCCUUGGCGUAGGUCUUACGCCAUCCGGGCUGACGGGAGUCUUUCGCCCUCCACUCCGCCCUCCAGGCUGUCACCCAGUCAUCAAUGCUGCUGCAAGGCUCGGGGGCCCUUCUCGUCCUCUCCGCCGUGCACCUCGCCGUCGUCGCCACGCUCGUCUGGCUGGUCCUCUGCAACACCAUGGUGUUGUGGGGGUCGUACGAGUAUGUCUAAGCCGGUUGGCAGCUGACAGCAGCGAACUGAAGACGGUGUACCUCGUCGUGCAGAGCGUGGGGGCAUCCGCCAUCUUCGGUGUCACUCUCUAUCUCGCCCUCGCCACGGGAUACGGGUGGACAAGCGCGUUCGCCUUUGUCCCCGAGGUACGGAGCAUAGCUCUGUUUACCCUCACUUUCGUGUGGCCCGCCUUCGCGCUGGUCGCGACAUACGCCGCCAUGUUCUACAUCGCCGAGUACCGGAUGCGCGAGCGCGAACCAGCAUUGUGGCUAUUUGGAAGCGCGUGCGCGCUCGCGGGCGGCCAAGUCGUCCUCUUCGUCGCUUCGCAGCCACUAUGCAGCGCGUCCAACCGCAUCCUCAACGGCGCCUUUAUUUCAGCACUCAUGAACCUCCUUGCACUCGUCCUAUUCUACCGCGCCUGGAACCUCAUGGGCGAGGCAAGCUGGUCUCUCACGGAGGCCUGGAUGCCGCGCUACUCGUAUGCUUCGUACGGGUAUUAGCGUUGCUUCUACUUCUCCGUCCCCAUUGUGUCUGUUCUUACAUGUCCUGGAGCCUUGUCGAUGUGUCCCUAUGCAUAGUUGUGCGUCGC